CCGAUCUAAUAAACACCCCAUUUCGUCGUUUAAUCCCCUAAAGCCCGCUCCUUUUUUUCCAAGUAACAGUGACCCACGAAUCGUACGGUCUGUGUUUUUUUUCCGAGAAAUGUUGAAUGCCAGGUUCAUUGAUGAAUCUGUUGUCUCUCUGUUUCAAGCCAUUCGGGCAAACUUUUGAUAAUAAUAAUAACAACAGCUCAGAGUCUGGAUCGGGUAGUGGUGAAGGGAAAGACGGGUUGCUUUGGUUCCGUGAUCUAGGAAAGUACCGUGGAGGAGAAUUCUCCAUGGCUGUGAUUCAAGCUAAUCAGGUUCUUGAAGAUCAGAGCCAGAUCGAGUCUGGUAAUUUCGGGACUUUUGUUGGGGUUUAUGAUGGUCAUGGUGGUCCUGAAGCUGCUCGUUAUGUCUGUGAUAAUCUCUUCAACCGUUUUCGAGAGAUAUCAGCGGAGACGCAAGGAGUUGUGACGAGAGAGACUAUAGAGAGAGCCUUUCAUGCUACUGAAGAAGGGUUUGCUUCUAUAGUGUCUGAACUAUGGAGUACGAUGCCUAAUUUAGCAACUGUUGGCACUUGUUGUUUAGUUGGAGUGAUAUAUCAGAGUACUCUCUUCGUGGCUAGCCUUGGUGACUCACGAGUUGUUCUUGGGAAGAAAAGUAACUGUGGUGGUGGGCUCUCUGCUAUUCAGCUUUCGAGUGAACACAAUGCUAACAAUGAGGAUAUUCGUUGGGAGCUUAAGGACUUGCAUCCUGAUGAUCCGCAGAUCGUUGUGUUUAGGCAUGGUGUUUGGAGAGUUAAGGGCAUCAUCCAGGUUUCGAGAUCUAUAGGAGAUAUGUACAUGAAACGGCAAGAGUUUAACAGGGAACCGAUCGCUCAGAAGUUCAGGAUUGCAGAGCCAAUGAGGAGACCUUUGAUGUCUGCAACUCCCACUAUACUCUCUCAUCCUCUGCAUCCUAAUGACUCGUUCCUCAUCUUUGCAUCUGAUGGGCUUUGGGAACAUUUGAGUAAUGAAAAAGCAGUUGAGAUUGUUCAUAGCCAUCCUCGCGCUGGAAGUGCAAAGAGACUGAUAAAAGCGGCUCUUCAAGAGGCAGCGAGGAAAAGAGAGAUGAGAUAUUCAGAUCUAAGGAAGAUUGACAAGAAAGUGAGACGCCAUUUUCAUGAUGACAUCACGGUUAUAGUAGUGUUCUUGAACCAUGACCUCAUCUCCAGAGGGCACACGAACACAAGCCAAGACUCAGCACUCUCUGUUCGGAGUGCGCUUGAACACUGAAAACAUAAUUUACAAAAAUGUUUUUUAUUUUCAUCUUCUUACUUGGUUGGUUAUAUGACACUUUCUGCCUAGAAGGGUAAUAAAAAAACACUGGGCAAACAUCAAAAAUGUGGAAAACGACAUGGUACGUAAUGAAUUGUGUUUGUAUUAAAGCGGGGUAUGUUCUGACUCUGGUUUCUUUUCAAGUCCUGCAUAGUUCUCUUCUGAUGUCUACUACUACUACUUUUCUUGUUUUAAGUAGUUUCCGUCGUCUUGCCGUUCUUCCUCCAAGAAUGCGUGUCGUUUUACUGAUAUGUUUCUCUUUUGAGUUUUGGCAUGUGACAGUACGUCUGUAACCUAGAUGUAUUAUUUUUUAUAAUACAUACUGUAACUUCUUAUGUUAAGCAUAGGCCAGUGAAAGAAACUAGUGCUUAUGACUUCUUUUACACUUCGCUUAUGACUUCUCUCCAGUG